AUGAUUGUGAUAAUAAUCCUCCUCUUGGCCGCCAUCGCUCUUAUCAUCGGCCUCAGUAUUUCUGGUAACAGUACCACAAAUGAUGUGACGACCGUCAAUGCCGUGGGGCAGAUCGGUCAGGACGUCAUCCUAAGCUGCACCUUCACCCCCGAUGUAAAACAAUCCAGUAACGUCCUGUGGGAGAAGGUGGGAGACACCGGAGUGGUCUACAAAUACGAGAACGGGAAGAUCGUGCUGACCGACCAGAACUCAAACUUCAAGAGUCGGGCGUCGCUCUUCAUCAACCAACUCUCUGCAGGAAACGCCUCCCUGAAGAUCACCAAUGUGCAGAUGAAGGACGCCGGGGUCUAUAAAUGUACCAUCACCAAUUCUAAUGGGCAGGGGAGCAACAAGCUGAGCCUCAACGUAGGGGCUUUUAGUGAUGUGACGGUGACAAACAUCUCCCAGACCACCCUGCAGUGUAGCUCCCCCAAGUGGUUCCCCCAACCCACAGUCAGCUGGCUGAACAUCAGUGCAUCUGGAAGCAACCUCAACACUACACUCCCCCAAUUUGUGACCGGACUCAGCGGCAUGGUGCAGGUCAUAUCUAAUUUUAUCGAGGUUCAAAAAGAUGUUCAGUACAGAUGUGUGAUACAGAAUAACCUGGCCCAGGCUCAAGGAGAUGCUAUACUCACAGAUUUUGGUUUGCAGACGCAGUCCCAGCUUAUAAUUCUGAGCUCGGCGCGGAUGACGUCACCUCCUCGGCUUCUCCUGGGCCUCCUUCUCCUGAUCCUCCAUCUUGGAGCUGUGAACGUGUAG